GUUGCCUUGACAACCUGGUGCUGUUGAUGGUCUUCAGGACUUUACUUCUUCUUCUUCUUCUUCCUCAUCACUUCUUCUUCUUCUUCUUCUUCUCCUCCUCCCUGACCGAGCCGCAUCACCACCGCCCACCAUCUUCCAGGAAAUGACCCGAGCUGCUGGAAGAGGAGCCGCCUCAUUCCGCUGAUUCCACCCGGCUCCAGAGCUCUCAGUGCGGGGGACAGACGCCUGUUGUGUAACCGCAUCACCGGUAGUUCGGACUCAGCCGGAGAAGUUCGCAGCUCCAUCACCGCAGAGCCUCCACCCUCCUCCCGCCCGGUUCACAGCCACAUCCCCGCCGAGCCUCCACCCUCCUCCCGCCCGGUUCACCGCCGCACAGCACCGCACAGCACCGCAGACUUCAGCCGCCGCCAUGGCCACGCAGAUCGAUAAGGAGGCUUGUAGAGAAGCUUACAACGAGGUGCGGGACGACAACACGGACACCAGCUGGGCUGCGUUCAAGUACGAGGGCCCCAGGAUCGUUCCUGCAGGACAAGGCACCGACUAUGAGGACUUCAAGAGGAUGUGCACAGAUGACGCUCGUAUGUUCGGCUUCAUCCGGAUCACGACGGGCGACGCCAUGAGCAAACGAGCCAAGUUCACCCUCAUCACCUGGAUCGGAGAGAACAUCAGCGGGCUGCAGCGCGCCAAGAUCAGCACCGAUAAGACUCUGGUGAAAGACAUCGUGCAGAACUUUGCUAAGGAGUUCAUGAUCAGUGACCUGAGGGAGCUGGACGAGGACUACAUCCGCACGGAGCUGAAGAAGGCCGGCGGAGCAAACUACGAUGCUCAGGCCGAGUAGAGAAGUGCCACAUUCCACUGGAAGGGUCGGGGUCGGGGUGGGGGGGAGGGGGGGUAUGUAGGGGAAAGGGGGUCGGGGUGGGGUAGGGUUUUGGUGGGGUUGGCAUAAGUGGGGGUGGGGGGAGUGUUGGGGCAGGGCUGCUACCUCUUGGGGAGAGGGCGUGGCAGGAAGGAGUCGCCUGCAGAAAUAAGAAAAGCACGCGCCAAGCACAAACAUUUCACUUUCAAAGUGGCGUCGGGCAAAUGAGCCGAUGCAAACACGACGCCGAGCCGGUGGGCGUGUCCCAAAACUCAUUUCACAGCUUCUUCAUCAUCCCUCUGCAGCAGCUUUCUCAUGUGUAUCAGCAGAGAUGUUAUUGGUGACUCUCAAACUUCACUUGACUUUAAAGUGAGUGCAUGAACAUACUUGCUUCCAUCUGUCUGUGAAGCUGUGAGAUAAAAAAAACAAGCAGAGCCUCCAGGACGUCACGUGGGAGUUUCAAACCUUUUCAGAAAAAGAUCAAAGCCAAAAAUCCCAAACAAAUUGUCGUUAUUUAGGUUUGACGAUAUUUCAGUGAUUGUUUCUUAAUCUUCCCAGAGGAGCGAAAAAUAGUUUAAGUGACCCACAGUAAAAUGACAAAUUAUCAGUUUUACUUUUGCAAUUAGGACCAAUUGAACCAAUGAGAUCAGAUGUAUUUAUUAACGACCUGUAGACCUUUUGACUUGUGUGUUUUCUUUCAUCCUGUUUCUGCACACACGCUCUGACAGACACACACUGUGUGAUAGUUCUCAUCCCGGCUUGAUGCAAACGUCCGAGCAGGUGGUCUCCUGUCCCGCCCGCCGCCCUCUCCCCAGUCAGCUCAUGUUUAUCUACUGUGCAUCAUCAUCUCACACUCAUCCUCAUCUCAGCCGAGCAGCCGAGCAGAGUGAAGUUAACAUCUCGGCCUCGGCCCGGUCGGAGUUUUCAUGUAACGAGGAUGUGAUCAGCUCGUUUCCCUUCAACGCGUCGUACUGUGAUCGUGGAACAUGUCGUAGACUGUUCGUAACUUAACUGGAUGGGAAGUGACUUCAUCCGUGAAGUGGCUGCAUCAAGAACAUGCUCUUAGUCGUGAUACACUGAACCGCCCGGAGGGAAAGAUCUCCAGCUGGUUCUCAGCUCAUCAAGUUCACAUUAAGCCACUUCUGCAGUUUGAGUUCCAUCCUCCAGGUCGAGGCUGAAUCAUCCUCCUGUUUCAUCCUCAAGCGUUGUUCUGUGAAUCUCUUUUAUCAGCGGUCCACCUGUGUCUUACUGUGUCUGUACUGUUCACUCUCUCCUCCAGUGUCUGUAGGAAGUAGUUGAUGUUAGAAUUGAUCCAGAGCUGGAACAGAAUCCGUAGACGAGCCUCUGAUCCCUCAGCAGAGCGGAGAUCUUUUCCUCUGGUGUCUCAUCUGAUGGGUGUCCAUGAUAUACUGUAACCUACUGUGUUUGACUGCCUUAGUCUCCCAUGGAGAGAGGGGCAUCAUGGGAGUCUGUGGACACUACACUGUGAUUGGCUGUCCUCCAUACAUGUGAGCGGGACUUUGAGUGGCACUCGGUCAUCAGUGCACGAGCCUGGGCGAGUCAUCUGAACCCAGGAGGAGCCGCCUCUCGGUUGUAGCAUCUCUUUUUAUUAAUUUAACCCCCCCCCCAUUCCCCCCCUGCAAAAAUAGGACUUUUUUAUUUUGUUUUAUUUUGAGAUGAAUUUUUUCUUCUCUUAAGGGUUCGACCUCUUUGUUUUCAUUUUUAAGAGCAGUGAUGUCUAGGAUAAUGGUGGAAGAGAUUUUCAAAAAAUAAAGCAAGAAAAAGAAAGAAAACUGGCACAAAAUCAUUUCAAAAUAAAAUUUGAUGUUUUUUCUUUUACAAAA